AUGGCUGCGGGUACCGAUGCAGCAGGCCCUUGGCAGCUAACACGAGACGAGAGCAUCGCACUCAUCUCUGCAAGCCGUGUCGCCGAGCUCGUUGCAGCGACAGCGACGAUGAGCCUGGUGAAGAGGUCGAGCUGCAGGCUCGCAGAAGGUGGCCUCGUGCUCGUUCCCCUGCUGCUGGGUCUCAGCAUCCCGGCGGCGAGGGAGGCAGCUGUAGGAUCCACGGAGAGACGGGAGGAAAACUCUCUGGAUGUUUCCCUGGACUUGUUCUCCAUGGACUGCUUGCAUGGACAUGUGAACGUCAUUUGUUUUGCAGAUGCCGGGAGCAACUGCUUUGAUGCGACCAUCUCCACAUGGAUUGCACCUGUGCAGAGAAAGAACUAUCAGAAGCGCUUUGCACCGUCCAGACCAAUGGUGGAGCAGGCGAAGCACUGGCUGGAGCUUCGCCUCACGGAGGACCGCUUCCAGGCUAAGCUCCGCCUCGUGGACCACGCUGCCUUGGAGGGACGGCCAGUAAAGGAGAACUGGCCGUCCCUGUCUCUGACUCAGUGGGAGGAUGUCCUGGAUGCUCUCCGUGCUCCCUUCGCGGCAGCAGGCGUUCCGCUCCGGCCUCGCUUCGGCUCCUGGCAGUCUUCCUCUUCCACCGCUGUGCCGAUGGACGAUGCUGCUGGAGAUGAGAAACAUUCUCCGUUCACUCCCUCCCCGAAGAAGAAGAUGACGGAAACGUCCCUCGGCUACUUGAAGACGCACGAUGGCAAGCACCGGGGAGUCUUCCAGAUCUACAAGGCUGCCGGCUGCCUUUCGACUGAUGUGGCAAGCGCCGAUGUGGAUGGUUACACCACAUUCUUUAGGGUCGAGGAGUGGUGGAAAGUGUUCCAGCGAGGAACAGCCUUUCACAACUGGUACGCCAAGUUGAGCCUGGGCAGACAUUCUUCAUAUGCAUGA